AUGAAGUUCUCCUUUGCCUUCGUCACGUUUCUCGCGACCACCUGCAUGUCUCAACGAGAACCAGCAUGGGCCAUCGAUACAAGUUGUCAUACCUACGACAACCAAAACAUCAGGGAAAAGAUCAAAGAUUCCGUUCUUGAAGGUCUUCAGCUGGCAGAAGAUGCUGUCAGUGUCAUGAGAGAUCAUGCAGAUGAUCCUUGGGUCCGAGAGAUGAGCCAUCUAGUCUUGGGUCGUCGCGACGGCUUUGAAACUCGGUUUGAAGCGGUUAGACCCAAACAAUCGAAAGAGACCCUGGAGCGUGUUGCCGCAUUUGAGCGCGCACCUAGUACCCAUCUACCUCUGUCAAAUGAGUGGGAAUCCGUAAAGAAUAACCGUGACUGGGAGCUGUACUGCAAUGCCGACAGGUUUCAAGUCAUAGAGGGAAAGCUCAGUAAUACUGCGAUGGACAACAGACCCUUGGUAAAGCAAACGUGGGCCAACUUCCAAAGGUGCUACACCAAGGAGUUUCAACCUGGUUCCGACGUAAAGGCGCCAAAGAUGACCACUAUGCAUUCUGACCUGGUAAACAAAAAGGGCUGGUCAGAUGCGCUCCUUCUCGACAGCACGAACUCAGUCAGCAUCAGAGAUUACACACGGGAAACACAACACGCAUCCUCAACAGACUUUUGUACAUGGUUUCUUGACAGGACCUAUCGACAAGGCUUCCCUCUGAUUGACGAUAGGCUUUUGGAGAUGGUGAAAUCUGACGGAUUUCGCGCUGGCUUCACGCAUGGCGUCCCAGUUGAUGGACUGAAGACUUCUGGUGUCACAUUUCUUCAUGAGUUGACCCACACUAAGCAAGGCGGAGCGCUCAAGGACACUGGGAUUCCGGAAGACUUGAGGCCGCAAAUUCCCUCUUGCUACAAUUGGUUCUGUGUCACAAAAAUGGCCCUAGAACCCCGUUUUGAGGUAGAAGGGAACCCCGACUCCAUAGCAAUGCUGGCCUUGGCACUGAGAGUAUGGAAAAUGAACCAUUACGUUGACGCUGAUGGUGUCAUUCACGAGAUUCCAAAGGCGUAA